AUGGGCGGAUGUUCCUCCAAGAGAAACGCAAAGGAUUAUGUCCCGCAUGAUCUACACGAUUCUGUAUCAAGUAGAGGAGGUGGUGUGGAUAGCGCAUCUCGUAGCCUUUCCGUGUCGGAUGCAUCGCGUGAGCGCUCCAAGAGGUCGAACCGCCGACCCACUAACAUUACGGUGGACUUCCAGGAGUUUAAAGAUAAGGAGAAGAACGUUGUAGAGACGAUGCUCCAGAGCAACAAAGGACUGCGGAUGGCCGAGAUUAAUUUUUAUGAUCUGAAGCUACAGAAGAUCAUUGGUGCAGGUGCAUUUGGUGAAGUCAUUAAGGGCACGUACUGCGGUACGCCUGUUGUAGUCAAACGAAUGCUGCGCACCAAGAUCACUGAAGAUAAUUUACGCAUGUUUGGCGACGAGAUUUUGCUCAUGAUGAACCUACGUCAUCCGAAUAUUGUGCAGUUUAUUGGUGCUAGUUGGAAUUCGUACUCUAACAUUUGCUUUGUGACGGAGCUCCUGGAGAGAGGAGACCUUUUUGCAGUACUACGGAAUCUGGAGAACAAGAUGACGUGGGCUAAACCUAUUCUACGCAUGACCAUCGACACCUCACGCGGUAUGGCAUAUCUACACAGCAUGAAGCCUCCUAUUAUACAUCGCGACCUAAAGAGCAUGAAUAUCCUCGUUAGUUCCACGUGGGGCGCCAAGGUGAGCGAUUUCGGUCUAAGUCGCGAAAAGUCCGUCGAUGAGACGAUGAGCGUGACUGGCACACCUCUGUGGCUGCCACCCGAGAUGAUCCGGGGAGAGCGCUACACGGAGAAGGCAGAUGUUUACAGUUUCGGUAUUGUGUUAGCGGAGCUGGAUACGCGUAAGAUUCCGUACCACGACAUGAAGGCCAAGGGUGCUCGGAACAAGAAGGUGUCUGGUAGCACGCUGAUGCAUAUGGUGGCAUACGAAAAUCUGCGUCCGUCGCUGAGCAAGAAUUGCAUGGACAGCGUGCGUGACUUGUAUAAGCGGUGUACGUCCGACAACCAGUCGAUGCGCCCCACCUUUGAAGAAAUUGUUCAAUUCCUCGAGAACGACGUCCGCAAGGAGACCCUUGUACGUGCAAACGAGGAAAUGAAUUUAAUUGAGGAAGAACAGAAUGGAACAGACGUUUCUCCCGAAGAGCUCGGUGUUCACCAUGCGACACGCUACGUGGAUUAA